AUGCUGAGGGUUAAAAGCUCCCGUCGUCCCUCGGGACUCAAACCCGACGAUUACGACCAUGAAAUUGCCCUUGUUGAUCACGAUGCCGCCGCGACGCCAACAGGGUCAGUUACACCCGAACCCAAUGCCAUGACGAGAUAUUCAACAACUUCAAGAUUGCUAGAUCUGGAUGAAGAAGAGGAAGGAGGAGAAGAUCAGGAUCAAAAUCACAACGGCCAAAGCAGAAACCAGCAAGACCGAUCGAACAAGCAGCCUGACACUACUCAGCCCAAUGGGCAUGACGACUCGCAUACAGAGGGCGAAAGCGAGACCCGUCCAUCAUCAAAUCGCAUCGAGAAUGGACAAGAACUGCCGCCUCAGACGAGGCCUUCUAUUGAGGUUCAAGAACCCACACCUGAACCCUUCCACGGAGAUCAUACCCAAGCGAAAACCAAGACACCUCACAUGGCGCGCGAGACUGUUAUAGACGUCCUCUACGAGAAUGAGAGGGGAGGGUUUCUUUGCGGUAUAGCUUUGUUUUCUUCGCAGGCUCUGGGCGGCCUCGAUCCACCUGCUUGGACCAACAAGUAUCACAAGGCCUCGCCGAGCAGUAUACACAACGCACAAGUUCCUGACCCUACGUGGGAAUGGGCCUGGCCUGAAUGGCGGAUUAACAACCAAGACGACACUGACGAACAUGGCUGGGUAUACUCAUUUCACUUUUCCAAGAAGUUCUCUUGGCAUUCUGGUAAAUGGUGGAACUCCUUUGUGCGCCGACGUGCUUGGACCCGCAUGCGAGUACGCAAGAGAGCAGAGGACGUUUCUUCAGAUCCGCACAUGCUAAACACCGAUUACUUCACGGUAAAGGCAGCCUCGCAUAAGUCGCACAAGUCUCACGGAAGUGUUACUAGCAGUCGUCUCAGCCAUUACAGCAUGAGCCAGGGAUCAGCUGCCGACGAAGAUGAGAAGCCCCUGGAGAUUGAUAAUGUGCAAGAUCUUAUGAGCGCCCUUCGCCAGGCCAGAAUAGAUCGAGAGAAGCUUGACGCUGUCAACAACUAUAUGGAACACGCGACGGACCUCGAAAACCUUCAACACGAGAUGCAUGAAAUUAUGUCAUUGUUUAUCUUCCAACAAUCUCGUCGCAUAUUGCUCAGCAAAUUGAUGGAAAUCUACGAUGAAACGGCAGCUCAAGUGGAGAAGACUAAUACGUCCGACCUGCGAGAGCGCAGCCAGGCACUCAAAGAUGCAGUACACCAUGCUGAUGAAGAGGUUCGCAAAUUGGCGUAUUGGAGUGACGUCAAGCAAAUGGCCGAGAACGGCGAGACUCAAGAGGCUGUCAACGAAGAUAAAGGGUGGGAUGGCAGUUGGGAAGGCGUUGAUCAGAGUGGCGGCGCUCACCCGUUAAAGGACAAAGCCACUGUCAACGGGGAAAAAGCGGCAUCGGAUACAUGA